AUGGACAUCUCUGAUUUGAACCACAAUGAAGAGCAGAAGAUCAGGAGGGACAGUCGCACCAAAGAGAUAGACCUCAUCAACCGGGAUCCCAACCAAAUCAACCGGGACGUAGUCAAGGUGGAGUUUGAGGACGUGAUUGCAGAGCCUCAUGGCACUCACAGUUUGGAUGGCGUGUGGAAGGCGAGCUACACCACGUUCACAGUGUCCAAAUACUGGUGCUACCGACUGCUGACCGCCGUCCUGGGCCUCCCUCUGUCGCUGCUGUGGGGGCUGCUCUUCGCCAUCCUGUCCUUCUGCCACAUCUGGGUAGUGGUCCCCUGCACCAGAAGCUGCCUCAUUGAGUUCCAGUGUUUGGGCCAGAUCUACUCUCUGGUCGUGCAUACGUUUUGUGACCCGCUUUUUGAGGGGUUCGGAAAGAUAUUCAGCAGAGUCAAAGUGGGAUUACAUAAAGAGGUGUAA